ACUAAGUAUUGUACAUAUUUAUAAUUAUAUUAAAUGGUUAUUGUUAUACACAUCUUCGAAUCCUGAUCUAGGAUAUUCAAUAUGAAACAUGGUCCUUCUUUGAGCCGGAUUGAAACGGAUUGAAAUUUGAUAUUUUGAGAACACUUCAAGAAAUACGAGCCAAUUUACGAGUUAUUUGAGAGAAUUUACGAGUCCUUCGGGAGAAUCUACGAGUCCUUUGGGAGAAUCUACGAACAUAUGAGAUAAUUAACGAGCUUCGAAAGAAUUUACGAACGAUUGAGUGAAAUAUUUACGAGAAUUUGAGCAAUAUACGAGUCAUAUAAAGCGAACAUCGAGACAUUGGCAAAUCUACGAGUAUCUGAGUAAGUCUAUACGAUUAUUUGAGCGAAUUUACGAGAUUUUAUUACACCUACAAGUAUUUGGAAUCAUUAUAUACGAGCUUUAAAGAGAAAUAAACGAGAAAUUGCGCCUUAGAACAAUAUACAGUAACUGUGAACCAAAGGGAUUAUUAUAAAGUAUUUAUAUACAUUUUGAGAAGUUAGAUAAAGAGUAUACACGUAUUCGAGAGUGUAACAUUGUUAUUAUGAGUGAAGAAGCAACAAAGAAACGUAAGAUUCGGGGUGGACAUAGAACCUCAACUAAGAGAACAAUAAAUGCUUCAUCAACAAUUCUUGACGAUUUUGAUCCUUCAAAUAAACAACUUACCGAGAAGUUAUUACAACAAACGAUUACAUUAAAGGAAAAACUAGACAUUCUGCAAAAUUUAGACAAUGAUAUACUAGCUAUUACUGAGGAGAAAGAUAUUGAAAAGGAGAUUGAAGAAAGUGAUCUUUUAAGAGAGAGAAUACAUGCUACAAUUGUCAGAAUUGAUUCUGUAGUGAGCCCUAUGAGCCUACCUCCAUUACCAAGUCCAGAAGGAACACAAGAAGAAGGGAAUUAUCAUAAUUCUAGUACUAUAAGUCAUUCGUCGGCCAAGAUAAAGCUACCAAAAUUGAGUUUAAAGAAGUUUAAGGGAGAUAUUAAGGAGUGGACUCCAUUUUGGGACGGUUAUACUUCAGCUAUUCAUGACAAUCCUGACCUAAGUGAUAUUGAUAAAUUUAACUAUUUGAACUCCCUACUUGAAUCAAAGGCAGCAGAAGCAAUUGCUGGGUUAAAGAUUACAUCAGCAAACUAUCAGGAAGCAGUUGACGUGUUAAACCAGAGAUUUGGCGACAAGCAACAGAUUAUUAAUUCGCAUAUGGACAGCCUUCUUCAACUACCUGCAGUAACAAGCCUUCAUGAUGUUCAAAGUAUUAGACAGUUUUACAAUAAGGUUGAAUCGCAUAUCAGAGGUCUCAAGUCUUUGGGAGUAGAGACCGCGACAUAUGGUAAUCUAAUGAUCUCAAUAUUGAUGCAACAGCUGCCACCGGGUUUACGUAUUAUUGUAACAAAGAAGAUGCAAGAGGAUGAAUGGUCUUUGGAUAAACUUAUGACAAUCUUUCGACAAGAAUUAGAGGCUAGAGAAAGAGCAAAUCUGCAGUGUUUACCUCCAUCAAAGUCCAGUUAUCAACGAAAUAAACCGGGAACAGCUGCUACUCUUUUCACGGGACUGCAUGGCACUACCUGUUCUUAUUGUGAAGGAAAGCACUUAUCUGCAAACUGCAAGACAGUGACCAAUGUGGCUGCAAGGAGAGAUAUUCUGAAACGAAGUGGACGGUGUUUUGUAUGUUUAAGAAAAAACCAUAUUAGUAGGGAAUGCCAAUCGAAUAUCAAAUGUUUUAAAUGUGCUAGACGACAUCAUGGAAGUCUGUGCAUGGGCGGCCAACCUCGACAACAACACCCUAACCCUAAUUCUGACCCACCAACCAACCAGCAAGAACCUCGGCAUCCACGUCAGCCCGCAACAGAGACUGAGAAAGGGGACGAAACCGGAAUUGGUGGCAAGAACUUACCAGCACAACCGAACAGAGAAAGAGAUCAACAACAACAACAACAGCAGCAAGCUACUACAAGUCAAACCAUGCAUGUUGGCACAAGAACAUCCAUCUUGUUGCAGACAGCGAAAGUCAACAUAUACAAGCCCGGAAUGCAGGAAAACAGAGUAAAUGCUCGACUUAUACUGGAUAGUGGGAGCCAACGUACUUUCGUGACAACCAGAGUGAAGUAUCAAUUAAACCUUGAUGCAGAAGGGACAGAAAACCUCAUGAUUAAGACAUUCGGAGGCGAAGCAGAGGAACUACAAAUGUAG